AUGAAACCCAAACUCAAUAAAUUCAGGAAGCAGAAGCCCAAACAGAAAACACGCAAGGAUUUAAGGAAGGAAAAGCGUAAUCAAAAAAAGUCAAACCGAUUCAAUUAUCAUAACACAAAAAAAGGUAAAAAUGGAACUUCCAAGGACAAUCAGCAAGUUAAAAAGAAGAAUAAGGAUGAAUUCGAUAGUGAAAUAGAGUUUGACAAGAGUGACAAUGAGAAUUUCGAUGAAAUGGACGAGGAAAUUCCAUCAAGUGACGAUGAAGUUGUACAACCGGUUAAAUCAAAGAUUGAUGGCAAGGAGAAUCAGCUACAAAAGUUUAUUGAUCGUCAAAAGAAAGAACAAGAUGAGUAUUUCAAUGAAAUCAAGUCAUCUAGAGUAGAACAGCUACAACAAGCUAACGAGGACGAAGACAAGCUUAUUGGAAAGUAUGAAAAAUUAUUAAAACUCAAUAAAAAGAAACGCAAAGACGGUGGCAUUUCUAAAUUCAAUGAUGGACUGGAUUACUUGCUUGAGUUAUGUACAGACGAUAGCAUACAGAAAAUGUAUAAAGCAGCAAAAGAAGCGGCAGAUUUCGAAGAUCCAGACGAGUCACUUCCUAAAAAACCUCCCAAAAAGAAGAGAAAGAAGAAUGUCCAAGAAUCUGAUGAUGAGCCUGAUCCCGAAGAGGUAAAGGAACUGACCAAAAAAGCCGAAAAGCUCAAAAAAUUCGAGGAAAAGUAUUUUGGCGACGACGAAGAUUUCUUUAAGAACAAUCCCGAAAUAGAUAGCUGCGAUGGAAGUGAUUCUGAAUUGGAAGGCGAUGAACAUGAGAGUAAUAAGAGUUUUGGAAGUGAUAAUAAUGAUUCAGAAAGUGACAAUGAAGAUCCAGUAGGUUCAGAAAGCGACAAUGAAGAUCCAGAAGGUUCAGGAAGCGACAAUGAAGAUCUAGAAGGUUCAGGAAGCGACAAUGAAGAUCUAGAAGGUUCAGGAAGUAACAAUGAGUCAGAAGAGGAAGUCAAAGAGGAUAUUUAUGGACGAAAAAUCGACAAAAAGGGUAAAUUGAUCCAAGAAGACAAGUCAAAGUAUGUCCCACCGCAUUUAAGAAAGUCACUAAAGUCUAUAGAUGCAGAAAGUGAUCCAAAACGAAGAGAAAAGCUGCAAAAUCUGAAAAGACAAAUUAAUGGAUUUGUCAAUCGUCUUGCAGAAGCGAAUCUUCAUAGGAUUUCUAUCGAUAUUGAGAAUCUGUAUAGUUCAAAUGCUCGAAAUGACAUGAACACAGUACUUACAGAAGUCAUUCAGAACUCACUUAUUUCUAAUGUUUUGGCUAGAGAUCGAGCUGUGCUAGAAAAUACAUUAUUAAUUGCAGUUCUUCAUGCUAAUAUUGGAAGUGAAAUUGGCGCUUUUUUCCUACAAAUACUCGUUGAACGAUUUGAUAGACUAUUUAAAAUGAUUGAUGCCACAGAAGUUGAAAAUAAGGAACUUGACAAUGUUAUCUUUGUGAUUUGUCAUUUGUAUACUUACAAGCUGUUCAAGCACAACAUAAUUUAUGAGAUAUUAGAAAAGUUGUGUUCUAAACUGACAGAAAAGAGAAUCGAAUGCAUUCUUUUGGUAUUGAAAUCUAUUGGCUUUAUUUUAAGGAAAGACGAUCCAGUGGCAUUAAAGGAAUUCAUCCUUAAAGCUCAAAAAAUGUUAAAUUCAAAAGAAGUUGAAAGCAACACAAGAAUCACGUACAUGCUGGAUGUUUUAAUGGCUAUAAAGAACAAUAAUGUUACCAAAAUCCCUCAAUAUGACGCAACGAUAGUCGAUCACUUCCGUAAACUUCUCAAACAGUUUAUUAGAUCUGGAAAGUAUGUUACAACAUUAGCAAUAACUUUAGAUGACUUGUUGAAUGCUGAAGAGAGAGGAAAAUGGUGGCUUGUUGGAUCUGCUUGGUCUGGAAACGAUACACAAGAUAGAAACAAGAAAAGUGACUUUCAGGAAGAGACAACGAAUGAUGAACAUAGAAAUAAAAUAAUGGCACUAGCUAAAAAGCAGAGAAUGAACACAGAUGCAAAAAGAAAUGUCUUUUAUGUUCUUAUGACAGCUGAGGAUUAUGUCGAUGCAUUCGAGAAGAUUUUAUCGUCUACAAAUGAUGAACGGACCAUUAUUUCCGUUAUCCUGCAUUGCUGUUUAUCUGAAAAGGAAUACAAUGAAUAUUAUAGUGUGCUGGCUCAAAAGUUUUGUGAACAUAAUCGUAAGUACUUGUUAGCUAUUCAAUUUGCUGUGUGGGAUAAGAUAAAGGAACUGGAUAAUUUGAAUGUUAAGCAUAUAAAUAAUUUAUCAAGGUUCUUGAUAUUUUUAAUAGAAAAUGAUAAUUUGCCAUUGUCGGUGCUGAAAGUCGUUGAGUUUGCACAAAUUGAAAAGUCAGCACUAAGACUCGUUCGUCAAGUCAUGCUUGGACUUUUGUUGGCUAAAGAAGAAAAUUUUGAACGAACUUUUGAAAGAAUUGAGCCAAGCAUGAAACUUAAUGCAUUUAAGGAUCAAUUAAGGUUAUUCCUCAAAGUCUUUCUGCUUAAAGACAACACAUUAAAGAUUAAUGAGGAACAAAUGAUGAAAUUGCAAGCGAGAAUUGAAAAGGCUGAAAAGUUCCUGUCUUCCAGUCACAUGUAA